AAAAAUCCAUCCAGUCUUUGGUGUUACUUUUUAAGCCUGGAAGUCUCGAGAGUCAUGGCUGGAACUUUAAAUGAGUUCAAAAGUUGUAUUUAUCCUCCAGCACUUGACUGCAUGCACACUCUGAAAUGCACAGACCGGGUUUGGACACGAGGGGCCCGAGUAAGGAAAAAUGUGGUAAGUGGUAUUAACACAUUUUUUAGUAUAUGUACAUUUUUGCACAGUAAUUUAAAAAUAUUUUGAACAAGGGAAAUUUCUGUACUGGUCCAUUUUUGCAUUUUGACUUAGUUGUAACCUGAAUUUGUCUUGUGUCAUCGGUUUCCAAGUCUGAUUCAUGGCUUGUCUUUGUAGAUAUUGACUUGAUCCUACUAAAGAUCAACAUUGAUGUGUUUUGAGGUGCAUUUUGCCUAAUAAAUGCAAAACGCUGUUCAAAAAAUGUAAGCCUAGUAAAUGCUCCCAGUGACCACAGAUUGUGUUUACAUCUGGUGCAAUGCAUUUAUUGCACACAGUCCCUAAAUAAACCAAUACGUCACAUGGACAGGUCAUUACAAAAUACACUUUCCUUAAGUACCGAGGAAAUAUAAAACAACGUGAAAUCGAGCGUUGUAGUAAGAACGUUACACUGACUGUCGGGUUGAAAUCCUCCAGGUGGCGUUUCCCAGGGUCACGCGCACGGUCACGCGCACGCCCCCCUGGGGGUGUUUGACCAAGUGUCGGCCGCUUCGUCGUGUUGCCACGGCAACGCAUGUUUGAAACCGCAGGCCUGCUACAGACUUGUGUGUGUGCUAGCGCGCGUCUCGGUAUUAUAUACUUAAAAUAUACGAUGCCACCCAAAGGCAAAGGCUCAAGUAAAAAGCCUCCAAAGGCGAGAACGCCCACCCUGAUAGAUGGAUUAACCAAGGACGAGCUGUCCAAGGAGCAGCUGGAGGAGCACAUCAUGCGCCUUCGAGAGCAGCUGGACAGAGAGAGGGAAGAGAGGAACUACUUUCAGCUGGAGAGGGACAAGAUCCACACAUUUUGGGAAAUCACCGACAGUAAACUAGAGGAGGUCAAGGCUGAAAAGAAGAACUUUGAUAAGGACAUGGAGGAGGAUGAGGGGCGCCACCAAGUAGAGAUCAAGGUGUUUAGGCAGAAGAUGAAGCACCUCCUGUGUGAGCACCAGAACGCAGUCUCUGAGUUGAAAGCACACGGUUUAGUCUCCAAACAGCUAGUGCAGGAAAAGCAAGAACAAUUACAGACUGAGCUUCACAAGGAAAUGAGGGCCGUCAAAGUCAACAUGCAAGAGCUCAACAAUGAAACCCUUGUGAAGGAGCUUGAAGUGAAACAUAAGGAAGAAAUGACUAAAACAAUUACCCGGGAGGAGAAGAAAUAUGCAGAAAUUGAAGCGGAACAUGAUAAAAAGUUGGAGCUGCUACAACAACAGCUGCACAACUUUAGAACAAACAUUGCCAGUGAGACAGAAGAUCAGUGGAACAGCCACAUCAACACUCUAAUCGAAGAACACAAGGAAGCGGUCAUUGAAAUUGAGGUCGCUGUUCUUCGCUUACAACGGGCUGUUGAGGAGAACAGUUCACUCAAGAAAGGAAUUGAUGAAAUGAUCAAGACAGAGGCGGAUGGCGGGCACCUGGGCAUAGUGCUUGAGAAUCAACAUCUGGUCCAGGUUUUGUCAGAAGUCGAAGAGGAGUGCAAGAAAUUAGAGAAACUACUGCGAUUCUCUUCAUUGGAAAAGGUUGACAGUGAAACGAUUAAAAAAAAGAAGCUGGAACAACUGAAACGGGAUCAUGAGGCACUGGAACCAAAAUUCAGCAAGCUUCGGCUGGAAACAAAUGAGCUGUACGAGACGUCCACUCAGAAUAUCGAGCAGGUGCAGCAGAAGGCAGAUAGGAAGAGCAUGCAGCUGGAGGGGAAGCUGAAAGACCUGACAGACGGCCUGGAGGCGACGCAGGCUCAGCUCCUCUCGGUGCUUUCUGCCUGUAACAUGGACCAAACUGCUCUCCAUGGGGCCACUAACACGAUUGAGAAAAAUCUGGACUCAACUAAUAAAUCCAUCAGGAAGUUGGAGUGUAAAAAAGCUCAACUCUCUCAGGUUCGUAAGGAUUUGCUGCUGACCUACAAAGCUUUGAGUGGAGAAGCUCUGUGUAGAAAAUGUGUCUGAAAUAGAUUUUGGGUUCGCUCCAAAAUGACAUGCAAUGAAUCCACAGACUGAUCCAUUUACAGUCACUCUCACUGUCGUGGCAACUCGUUAGCAUCUGAACUGUUUCUCAUAUUUUCCUUCGAUAUGCAGUAAACGUAUUACCUCUCUUCAACUUGUUUUUAAGAAUAGAUUUUAAGAAUAUAGAAUAUGUGGUAAUAAUGAUAAGGGAUGAAACACAUUUUGUUUUGUUUUUGUGUAUAUUAAGAUACCAAGACAGUGAUAAGAUACAAAAAUGAAUCUAGAAUUAAACAACUUUGAUUUAAAAGAAGCUUGACUUGGUACUGAUUGACAGAGAUAGUUACAGCGGCUUUAAAUUACUCUUUGUACUCCAUCAUAGCUGGUUUUAAUCCCUAUCAUUUGCCCGCUCAGUUCAAAGAGUCAUUUUUAGGGUAGUCUUAGCUCCAUUUGAACUAAAUAUGUAUAUACUGUGUUUGGAUUCUGAAGAGAAAGUGCUGAAAUAGUAAAUUAGUUGACAACUCAAUCAGAAUACGGGCUGUUCUGUGACAGUAAGACGUGUUUGCCUGUUAGAAUCUUGUUUUUAUUCAUAGAAGAGCCACGUAUGACUUUUUAAAACCUCCGACCAGCAUUUCUUAUAUUUCCAUAAUAUAAUAUGAUAUUUUAGAAUCAUUUUCAGCAAAGCAGCGGAAAAUCAGCUCUGUAGGAUCAUUGUUCGAUCUGUCUGUAUUUAAAAAGGGUUAUGUUUAUAGUCCGCUCUGAGAAUUUACAUGACUAGCGCAAUGUUUCACAUUUUUGUCCCUCUGACCAACUGUAUUUGUGGUCAUUCAAGGUCACAUUCAGGGACACAUAUACAAAAAUUAGCAAAAAAAUUCAUUUGUGUAUAAAGUGAGAACUGAUAAUACUGCUAGCGGGGAAUGUUCAAAGCGGCAGUAAAGGUUUUUAAGUGACCAUAAAAUAUUGCUAAAUACAACCUAACUUGAGUUAAAGCGUGUGCUUGACACCAGAGAGUAAGAGGAUGUAAAGUAGAACAACAUUUUAUCUUGACUUUUCUUGUUAAAUGUAAUGAAAAAAAAAUCCAAUUGCUGAAAGGUUUGUUAUUGUCACGUUAAUUAACAAUAAAACGAUGUUUUAAUGGAG